AUGCCUGGAUUUCAGGGAGGCUGGGCCAAGACCGAUGAGCAGGGCCUCCUGAAGCUCAUGGUCUCCAUGUACAAGGGCCUCGUCAGCGCUCGCAAACGCGCCGGUCUCUCAGCCGAAGAUGUCAUCAGAAACCCAGAGGAAAUCAAGGCCACUGCGCAGCCAGCCCCUCAUCGACCUGCCACCCUCAACCAUAUAAAGGAGGAGAUGCCCGCCCUAUCUGCUUUGUACGACCGGCUCCAAACUGUGGUCGACUUUGAGCAGGGCCCGGACAACGCUCGCGACGUGGAACCUCUCCUCAGGGAUGCUAUUGGGGAACUGGAUCCUGAAAACACCAUCAUUCUGAUGGAGAAGACCGUCCAGGUACAGUUCACCCUCCCAGUCUUUCUCUAA